ACGGAACGGUACGGUAUUACGAAUAGUAAAUCAUACGACGUGUGCUUUUUAUGAGGGAAAAAUACGCGCGAACCAUCAAAAACAGAUUUACUGACGCAUAUUUGUGUAGUUCUUUCUUCAGGUAAAGAUGGAAUCAACUGACCUUGAUAUGGGUGAAAUAUUUGAUGAUAAUGAUAUAGAUGAGGAUAUUGGUGCCACUGGGGUUUUACCUGACCUUGAACCUACACAAUCACAGGACAAUGACGAAGAUGAGAAUGCUGAAGUAUUGGCCAGAUUGAAAGAUCUGUCAAAAGGUGCAGCCAAGAAAAUAGUGAGGAAACCUCAACCUAAAUUAGACCCAACAAGACUGACUGGAGAAAGAGGAAUACCAAUCUUACCUAACUUAUUUAAAGAUGUAAAAUUCAAGGGGAAAGGGCAUGAAUCACAUGACCUGGCCGUGUUGAUGAAGAAGAUGGAACAUUGGGCACAUCGUUUAUUUCCCAAGAUGCCGUUUGACGAGGUCGUAGAACGAGUCGAGAGAUUAGGCAGUAAGAAGGAAGUACAGACUUGUAUAAAGAAAAUAAGAUUAGAUAUGCCGAUAUUAACGGAGGAUUUUGUUGGCUCUGACCAGGAUAAUGAUGACGAUGAUGUAGUCAGACGUGGUGAUGAUGAUGUAGUUAGACAUAGUGAUGAUGAACCAGGGACCAGUGCUCAGGGUGAAGUACGAGCUGAGGACAUGUGGGACGAGUUACUGAAAGAGGAAGCUGAGAUAUCAGAGUCCCAGAUGGAGACAUUACCCAGCAAUACUGCACACACAACUUCUUCACAAGCUGAUUAUAUUGCCACAAAAAUCCCAACUACACCUGUACAUAAUGUAGAGAAAACAAAACCUGAUGGUAUGACUCCAGAAAUGUUGGAGAGAAUUGAGAGGAAUAAACAACUGGCUUUAGAAAAACGACUUAAGAAAAUGGGUCAUCUCACCCCAGGUUCUAAAUUGGGAAGUUCCCAAUUAUCUUCCCAGACACCUACAAAGAUGACAACUGUAAACAAUCUUACACCAAGUCCUGCACAAGAUAAACAAACUGAUGUAGAUAAUAGUAAAAAUAUCACCACAGCUGACUCUGUAAAGACAGAACAAGUUUCCAAGGUUACAACCGGAGAUAUCAACACUGAACUAUCUGCUGCUGCUGAUGAUGAUAAUGAGAUGUCAGAAGUUAUAGAGAAAGGUCCGAGUCAGAAUAUAAGUGUAAAGGGAGGGAUGAAAGAGGAUGCUCAACAUUGGCAUACAGGUGCCCCAGUACAGUCAAACUCUGGUAUACAGCUAGACACCGAGAACAUGGACACUGAAAAUACUGAGAUAAUUGAUGAUUGUAGUAAUUCUGUUCAAAUAUCUGAUCAAAAUGCUGAUAAAUGCUUGCAGAGAUUGAGCCAAAAUUCUACUGACUCACAAGCUAUGUCAGAGAUUAUUGAACCAGUAGAAAAUGAGACAAUUGUUCUGAAGGAAAAACCCAACAAUAUAACAAGUGGGAAAACAGACAGUAAACAAAUGAGUGUUACAAAUGAGAAAUUAGAUGUGACAAUGUCUGUAGAUAAGUUAAAUACUGACAGUAAGAUAGAUAAAGAGAAUAAAAUAAAAGAUCAAGUAGAUAUGACAGGUGAUCAUUGUAACAUGGAUCACUUUUGAGGAGGAUGAUCUGACAGAAGAACAAUUAAUGGAUACAUUGGAAAAUUGACAAUUCUUGUAUGUUUUAAAAUGACUAGUAUUUUAUUUCUUUUAGAUAAAUAUUUAAAAUAAAAAUACAUUUAUA